GUUUUUACGCGCAUGCGCAUGUGCAUGUGACUGCCCCACGAUGCUGUCGUUCCUCUUCCACUCGUUUGCCUGGCUCUGCGUGAGCUACGUACUGUUUCUCGUCGUCCAGCUCGUCCGAAUAUUCCUGAACGACUGUGAUCUUAUCCUCUCCCUGUACGAGCGCUGGGGGAAACGGCCAGAGGCGGUGCUAGCAGGGAAAGUGGUGUGGAUUACCGGGGCGUCCAGUGGGAUUGGGGAAGCCAUUGCCUACGAGUUGGCAAAGGCCGGAGCAAGGCUCAUUCUGUCGGCGAGAGGCGAGGAGGACCUGAGGAGAGUAGCCAACAAAUGCAGAGAAUUAUCCCCUAUCUCAUGUCGAGAUGCCCACCUGGUGCUGGUCCUAGAUCUACUGGAUACAGAGCAGCAUGGCCCACUAACUGCCAAAGCCGUUGAACAGAAUGGACAUAUUGAUGUGCUCAUCAAUAACGCUGGGUCCUCUCAGAGAGCAGUGGUUCUGGACACAGAUCUGAAGGUGGACCGAGCGGUGCUGGAGCUGAACACCAUUGGCACUGUCUCCCUCACCAAGUGUGUCCUGCCACACAUGGUCGAGAGAGGCCAGGGGAGUAUAGUUGUUAUCAGCAGUGUAGCCGGAGUCAUUGGUUCUCCGGGCUCUGCAUCUUACUCUAUGAGUAAGCACGCCUUGCACGUUAGUCAUUCACUCUUCAACACUUCACCCUUGACUCACGAGCCGUGUGUUUCUCUUUCACUCAGGGUUUCUUCAAUACACUGAGAAUGGAGGUAGCUGAGAAUGGUGUGACGGUACACAUGGUGUGCCCUGGGCCUGUGGACACUCCGUACUUCAAGAGGCAAUUUGGACCUGUCCUAGGAAAAGGACCUGAAGUUAUACGGGAUCCAGGGAAGAAGGACAGAACUCGAGUGACAGCUGAGAGGUGCGCCCAGCUGACAGUCGUGGCUCUGGCUAACAGACUAGACGAGGUGUGGAUCUCGAAAAACCCCAUCCUCUUCUUCACCUACAUGUUCCACUACUGCCCCCUCCUAGCAAACUGGUUAGGCAAGCGAAUAGGAGGCAAUAGAGCAAAGGCCAUCAAAGCCGGGGAAAAGGUGAUAGAUGAUUCUUUCUUUUCCUCCAUGAAGAAGACGGAAUAGGGUUAAACAGCACAGAUAUGUACAUACUGUGUAUACAUAGUACAUAGUGUAAUAGGGGGAUUUAUUUCUUGCACUGAUCGUUGAGUGUGGUGAAUAGAGGCGAGAGGGUCACCAGUUUGAGGGCUGUCUGCACGUCGCUCAGCCUUCUCGUGAACUGGUGCUUGUCUAGAACCUUUGUUGGGUUCAGAUCUCUUGCCUUGUCCGAUACUACAUACUUCACCUGGUGAGUGUAGUGGAAUAGUUCAAAGAUGUAGCUUC